AUGCCUUUCCUCCUGGGUCUCAGACAGGACAAGGAAACCUGCAUGGGUGUCAACAAUCAAAGUUACAUAUGUGAAACGGGCCACUGUUGUGGACAAUCCCAGUGUUGCAACUACUACUAUGAACUCUGGUGGUUUUGGCUGGUGUGGACCAUCAUCAUCAUCCUCAGCUGCUGUUGUGUUUGCCAUCACCGACGUACCAAGCAUCGUCUCCAGGCGCAGCAGCGGCAACACGAGAUCAACCUGAUCGCUUACCGGGAAGCCCAUAACUACUCAGCCCUGCCAUUUUAUUUCCGGUUUUUGCCAAACUAUUUACUACCUCCCUAUGAGGAAGUGGUGAACCGCCCGCCAACCCCCCCACCACCGUACAGUGCCUUACACCAGCAGUGCGUCCCAGCAGGCAGCAGUAGCACCAUCCCAGACACGCCAAGGAACCUGCAGCCAGCACAGAGCAGCUCCGCAGCGCCCGGCAGCAAUAACGGCAGCCGGGAAAGCACCGAGCCGGGCGGAACCAGUCCGGGAGCCGAGCAAGGGGAGAGGGCUGGCCCCGACAAGGAUACGGAGUGUAAGGAGGAACUGCUGAAAGGUUACAGCUCCGAGAGCUUGGAGCAGAGCGGUGCCAUUCCCGACGCGAAGGACAAGACGCCGGGCAGGCAGCGCCGCUUCACCGGCGACUCGGGCAUCGAGGUCUGCAUAUGCAACCGAGGUCACCACGACGAUGACCUCAAGGAGCUGGACGGGCUCAUCGACGAUGGGCUGGACGGGCCCCUGGACUUCUGCGACAGCUGCAGCGGCCGUCCCCACGGGGACGAAGAGGAAGGGCUCUUCAGUGCCGCCGAGGAGCAGCACCGCGAACACAGCCACCACCACCUGCCCCGGCAGCCGGUGUGUGUGCUCUUGAACACAAUAAACGAGCAGGACUCUCCAAACUCUUGUACCAAUAACUCCCCCAGCUAAGGCGACAGAGUGGAAGGGAGAACUGGGGGAAAACAAACCACAAAGAAAUAAAAAUGGAAUAAGAAGAUUAAAACUGUAACAGGAGGAAAAGGUGAUACAACCUUCUUUUUUGGUUUAUGUUUCUUUCUCCCCCUCCAGUGUAACUUGGGGACUAGUCCUCGAAGGCUCAGCUUGUGGGGGACGGGUCACUCUGGGUUUUGUUAAUCACGUCUGUCCCGCGCCGCGGGGCAGGGAUUGGUGUUUCUCAAUGAGACCUUCUAACAAAUGGGAUUUUUCCAAUGGUGAUUUUGGUGAUGGUUAUUAUGAGUUUGUUGGUUUUAGUUUUCCAAAACACUGCUUUAUCUUGCAAUCAGUAAAACUCAGCAAAUCUCACCCUGGGAGGAUACCAAAUCACCAAAAGGCUUCAACCUCCAGGUGUCUUCCCAGAAGCAAGCAGCUUCUGACAGUGCCAGCAGUCAGUAGCCCAAGAGUUCUGGUUUGAUAAGUGCUCUUGAGGCAUUGGGGAUCUCUUUUCAUUCUUUCUUUUUUCCUUUCUUUUUUUUUUCCCCAAUGUUAAGUUUUCUUGAAGCUGAUGAAUGCCUGAACACAUCAGCCCCAUAAUCUUUGGUGCUUCAGUGUUUAAGACAGCAGGUAGGAAAUUUCCCACUUGAAGCUGGUGACUGAAGGACCAGUUUCUUC